AUGUUCACCAAAACUCAGAUUCUCGCUUUCGCUCUCUCUCUUGCCUCUGCCGAGGCCGCCUCCAAGGGUUUCAACUAUGGCAACAACAAGCCUGAUGGCAGCCUCAAGGCCCAGGCUGAUUUCCAGUCCGAGUUCCAGACCGCAAAGAACCUCGAGGGUACCUCGGGCUUCAACAGUGCCCGCCUCUACACCAUGAUCCAAGGUGAAGGCAACUCCCCCAUCGAGGCCAUCCCCGCCGCCAUCGCCGAGGAGACAUCCCUUCUGCUCGGUCUCUGGGCAUCCGGUGGAAACAUGGACAACGAGAUCACUGCUCUGAAGUCCGCCAUCGAGCAGUACGGUGACUCCUUCACCAAGCUCGUCGUCGGUAUCUCCGUCGGCAGCGAGGACCUCUACCGCAACUCGGAGAUCGGUGUCAAGGCCAAUGCCGGCAUUGGUACCGAGCCCGAGGAGCUCAUUGGAUACAUCAAGCGCGUCCGUGAGGCCAUCUCCGGCACCAGCCUCAGCGACGCCCCCGUCGGGCACGUCGACACCUGGAACUCGUGGACCAACGGCUCCAACAGCGCCGUCAUCGAGGAGGUAGACUGGCUCGGCUUCGACGGCUACCCUUACUUCCAGAGCGAGAUGGAGAACUCCAUCGACAACGCCAAGAACCUCUGGAACGAUGCCGUCGGCAAGACCAAGGGCGUUGCCAAUGGCAAGCCCGUCUGGAUCACCGAGGGUGGCUGGCCCGUCAGCGGCGACCAGCAGAACCUUGCUGUCGCCUCCAUCGAGAAUGCGAAGAGGUUCUGGGACGAGGUUGGCUGCCCUCUGUUCGAUGAGGUCAACACUUGGUGGUACAUCCUCCAGGACGCCGCUGGUUCCUCUACACCCAACCCCAGCUUCGGCAUUGUCGGCAACAGCCUCACCACCAAGCCUCUGUACGACCUGAGCUGCAAGGGCAAGUCCUCUACCGGCGGUGGUGCUUCUACCGGUCGUCAGACUAGCUCUGGCGCCAGCUCCGGUGCCAACUCCGGUGCCAACUCCGGCUCCAGCUCCGGCGCCAGCUCUUCAGGUGCCAGCUCCGGCGGCUCUCUCGGUUCCUCCGGCUCCUUCGGUGGCAGCGGUGUCGGCGCUUCCUCCAGCAGCAUCGUGAUCUCCCCCUCCGGCUCUGCUACUGCCACUCCUUCCUCUAGCGCCGGUGCUGGCUCGUCUGGCUCGUCUGGCUCUGGCGCUGGUGCUACUGGUUCGGGCGCUGGCUCUGGGUCUGGCACCUCUGACCAGUCCAGCCCCAGCCCCAGCCCAUCUGAGUUUACUGGUGCUGGUGCCCGUCUCUCCGGCUCCAUCUUUGGCGCGGCUGUCCUUGUCGCUGCCCUUGCGGUUGCUCUCUAG